UAAGUGAUCAACUUUUGCUUGAAAUGGAGACCUCUAUUCUUGAAGUGUUGGAGCAAGAGGAAAAUAAUGAGACACAUAUACCUGAUAUUUUCUUAAAAUGUUCUCUCUUGUCUAACCUACUAUACGGUUAUUUCUUCAUAAGCCCUCCAAUCAGACUUGUAGAAUUGGAGGGGGAAAACAGAGGAUUAAAGAGUAGCAUGAAAGCUUAGCGUUGAUGUGGAGCGGAGCGGGUCACAGGUGUCCAUAAUGGUUUUUAGGGCAAUUUCGAAAUUUCCCCCAAUUUGUAAGGGUACCAUUGGUUUCGGUAUCCUUUUUUCGCUAUUGUUAACUUUAACUUUCAAGUUUCAUCAAAGAAACAUAGAUAGCGACGUACUUUGCUUCACCAUCGUAUCCAAUCCAAAGUUCCAGCUUCGAUGCCGCACCGCCAUGCACUACCCGUUCACUUUGUUUCAGGAAAAAAAAUGUUUCAUUUUGUUUGAAAUUAAGCCAAUACUUGCAAGUGAUGGUUGAUAAGGCUGCCAGUAUCAUUAAAAAAGACAGCUCCCACGGGGCCAGUUGCUCAAGUUAAUGUUCCUAAAUGUGAGGAUACGGGUUCUCUUGCUGCUUCUGUUCGUUGUUUUCUUUCAUCACCUAUAUUUUGUGAAUGGAGGGAUCAAAAUUCGGACUUUGUUCCAUUUGGCAAGGUUAUCACAUCUGUGGAGACACUUUUGAAAGAAUUUGUAAAUCUAUAUGAUGGUUAUUCUCAACAUUUGACGAGUCUUCAGUCCGAUAUGAUCAUGCAAAAUACAGCUUCUACUGAUAGUUUGCAAAGUUCUUGUUCAUAUGAAAUAAGUAAAAGCAGGAUUGUAGAUAUCGAGUUGGAUGUUAACGACGAUUCAAGAGAUGUGGAUAGCUUACUUGUCAAAAAAUUUGGAAGUGGCGUGUCAUCUUCUGUAGAGAAUUGGAAAGUUGGCAUGAUAUCACUUAUUUCCUUUUUUUUCUCAGCUUCACCUAAACUGACGUGGGAUACGCUCUACAAACUAAUGGAGAAAGAGUACGAUCCCAAGGUGCGUGGACAAAUAUUGCAUCAUCUCUGUGAACAUCCUCAUUGCGUGGACAAAUAUUCUACAAGAUUAAUAGAUUUGGUUAAUGUAAUGAGCGGUAUCAUUACAGAGCAAGUUGGACUUACGCUUGCCUGUGGGAAUGUGUUGACUUCUACCCAUGCUUUACUAUCUAAAUUAUUCUCCCUUGAUGCUGUUGGUAAGGAGAAAUGCGGCCCAUACUUAAGUGAAGUGACAACUAAACAGCUUUCCUGCGUGUUUCCUAUACCAUCCAAUGCUGCCCGACAAAUUUUCCUGUAAGAGCACCACAACCAGCAGAGGAAUAUCCUGAUCUAUGCAACCACAAAGUUGUAGGAUAUAAGCCCGUUUAUGUGUUAAAACCAACUUGCAUGUUUUAAUUAAUGCUUGGUCUUUUCCUCACUGCACAUGAUGACACACCUGGUGAGUUUGGCAACCGAUUUUUCUGCCUACCAGUUUGCCCGACGAAAUUAGUCCUCGUUCUUACUUUCGUAUUUUAGGAUGUGGGUACCCACCAUUAUGCUUUGAAAACUGUAUUUCAUCGCCGUUUAAUGUUGUUAUCUCUCCUUUGACUGAUUAUGGCUUCAUCUGGUAUUCAUGAUCCUCUGAAGGCUAUUCAACUAAUUAUGAAAAUUUUCUUUGUUGGUUUGAGCAUUGGAUGUCCUCUUGAUGUAUUGCUUUGGUUGCACAAAUAUGCAAUUUAUUUUCCUUCAUAUCUCAGUCACCUUCCCUUGGUCUCUUGGUUCUUGAUUUUGGUGCGACUACCAUAUCGUUUGUAAUACGAAUCUUUUCUCCUCUCUUUCUAAUCUAGUUAUUUACCUGGUUUGACCGAUGAGAAGUCUUACAUUGGGUGAGAUAUGGCUUGACAAUGUGCGUAUAAGUGUUGAGUCUUCACCUUAAAAGUCAGUUUUGUAGGAGUUGAGUUAGACCCUACCAUUUUGGUUAUUGGGGUUUUGAGAGAGCUUGCUAUCUCUUAAAUUGCAUGCUCUCCCCUAUCCAUGACGACAAAGUUCCACACUCUUAAAGACUUAAACACACAUUUUCUCCACAAUCUCUAUCCUGAUAAAAACUCCCAGCUCGAUACGUUGCUGUUGCCGUACUCGGAAAACAGAUAUGAGAAGAACAGUGGAGAAGAAACUCCUAGUAACUGAACCGAGAUGGGCAGAGAACCUGGCUGUCAUUGCCACAGUGCUGGCUGGUCUUUGCAGAAACACAGAACAGAGUGUUGUAAACCUCCUAGAAACAGAGCCGAGAAAGGCUGGGAACUGGAAUUCACUAGAGGUUAGGGAUGAAGAAUGAAGUCUAUUGAUUAAGAAAACAGUUUUUAAGGCACUGAUAGAGGCUUAAAAACUUCUAUAUUAGGAACAACUUCUAUAUUGUAAGGGACGAGAGAGGCUUUAACAUAAAGAGAUAAGCCCAGUUUAGAUAAACCUAGUGGUUGAUGCCUAAAUCAGCCAAGUAUUUAGAUUUUACUCAGAAACUCACCUCACCAAUCUGAUAGGAAGGCUUUGAUGAGUAAGUUAAACUUUUAUUCCACCAUGCUUUAGAAUUGUUUAAAAUGGUAAAGGCAUCGGACUCUGUUUUCAGAAGAUAAAUCCAAGUGAAUUGAGUAAAUGCAUCAGAACUCGGUAAAUUCAAAUUCUCUCUCUCUUCUCUCUCUCUCUCUCUCUCUCUCUCUCCUCAAUAAAUACAAAGCAUAAUGUAGACAAUAUAUUUGAUACAUUUCAAAGUUAUGAAUACACUACAUGCACUAAUUCGUUUAAAUAGACUAUUCUAUACUUAGCUCCCAUUGGGAUUUGGCUUAUUUUUUAGCUUAUGGAAAUAGCUUACGAAAAUAAAUAAGCUUUUGUGUUAAUUCAUAAGGUUUCACUGACAAAAAUUGUAUUUUUAUAAGAUGUUUUCUCAUAAACUACCUUGAAAAACUUAUAAUAAUACAUAAAAGCUUAUUUAUUCGCUUAAGUUGUUUCGCAUAAGCUAAAAAAUAAGCCAAUCCAAACGGGCUCUUAAUGAGCCUGAUUAAUGGACGAAAUACAAUUAUUAUAAAUAAUUACACAUGUACCUUAUUUACAACACAAACAAUUUUUUCCUUUUAGUUAUCAGCUCAGCUCGUACAUGCUUACUGGCGAUUUCUAUAAUAGUACAUAUUUUCAUUAUUUUGUCCUAACUGUAGCUUUGCACUCUGUUUUAUAUCUUAGCAAGGUGCUUCUGUUCAUCAGGGACAUAGUUUUGAAAUGAACAUGGUUUAUUGUUAUAUAUUAAUGUUAUUAUUAUUAUUAUUAUUAUUAUUAUUAUUAUUAAUUUAAUUAACUGUUA